CAGCUGCUACCUCCUAGUCUAUGGCUGCUACCUCCAUCUCUACAGCUGCUACCUUAACAUCUAUGGCUGCUGCUUCCAACUCUACAGCUGCUCCCUCCACCUCUGCGGAUGCUACAUCCUCAUCUAUGGCUGCUCUCUCAAACUCUAUGGCUGCUCCCUUCACAUCUGCGGCUGCUCCAUUCACCUCUACAGCUGCUUCCUGUAAUUCUACGGGUCCUACCUCCACAUCUAUGGCUGCUACCUUGAUGUCUAUGGCUGCUCCCUCCAACUCUACAGCUACUCCCUCCACCUCUACGGCUUCUUCCUGCACCUCUAUGGUUGCAACUUCCACCUCUAUGGCUGCCGACACCACUUCUUUUGCUGCUCCCUCAAACUCUAUGGCUGCUCCCUUCACACCUGUGGCUGCUCCCUCCACUUCUACGGCUGCUACCUCUAUGUCUAUGGCUACUACCUCUACGUCUGUUGCUGCUCCGUCCAACUCUAUAGCUGCUACCUUGACAUCUGUGGCCACUCCCGCCAACUCUACAGCUGCUCCAUCCACCUGCAGCUGCUACAUCCUCGUCUAUGGCUGCUACCUCCACCUCUAUGGCUGCUACCUUGACAUCUACAGCUGCUCCCUCCACCUCUAUGGCUGCUUCCUUGAUGUCUAUGGCUUGUACCUUGACAUCUAUGCCUGCUCCCUCCACCACUACAGCUGCUACCUCCAUCUCUGUGGCUGCCACCUCCACGUUAUAACUGCUACCUCCACCUCUGCAUCUGCUCCUUCCACCUCAAUUUAUGAGGCUGCUACUUUUACUUCCACUUUUGCAAUAGACACCAACUAA